GGGUAGAAACCUCAGCUGUGUGCUGUUGCCCAGCGUUUCUCUGGAGGGAAGCUGGGGAGGCUUUGGCGGCUUGGGAGACCAUUAAACUUUAAUUUAACUGGAUUGAGGCAAAUCACAGAGUUGGACUAAGUUUGAGACCCUAGUGGAUGGCAAGGGAGGCUUCCUUACUGUCAGGAAAUACAGCAGGAAUCUUUUUCUGAAUCUAUAAAUCCGUCCCAAAAUGGCGGACGUUGAUGAGGAUUACGACGACUAUGGGGAGGAGGAGGAGGAGGAUGUGGUGAUUACAACGACGACUGUCACUGAGCACUCGACUCAGUUCUUUCAGUCUGGCUUGCCCACCAGGAAAGUCAGGAAGAAGGCCAAGGUGGAUACUUCCAAGUUCAUGACUCCUUACCUGGCCCACAGCAAGAAAAUGCUGGAGCAGUUCAGCCACAACAAGUACCGGCAGGCAUAUGACCUGUCCAAAGGGCAGCCUCCUGCCAUCAGCACCGAAACCCCCGAGAUGAUUCGUAUCAGGAAGGCUCAGGAGCAGCUUAGCGAGGUUAAGUACCGCAUGGAGGGAAAUAAGGCUCGAACAACCAGCUUGUAUGACGGUGAGGCUAAAGAGGUCGUCCACGUCAAGCGUGUGUCUGAAUUGAUGAGCAAGGUUUUGUACAGACAAAAGUGGGACGAGACUAAGGACAAGUAUCUGCUGCCUCCUGAUGCUCCCGAGCUGCUUUUGGCUGUGAAAAAUGCAACUAACUUCAGCAAAAAACUUUACACUGAGGCCUGGGACGAAGAGAAGAUCCUGUACUACCCAUACAGCGACAGCCCUGAGCUGCGCAGGGUGGCCCAGGCUCAGAAGGUUCUCAGUGAUAUUCACUACAAGAAAGGUCAUGAUCAGCGCAAAGCCAAGUACACCUCCUUGGCUGAUCCUCCUGAAGUGGAGCUCGCCAAGAGAGUGGCCCAUCAGCACAGUGAUCUCAAGUACAAAGAAGAUUACAAUAAGAAUGUGAAGGGUCAAUGGUGUGAGACACCCUACUUUGACGUGGCCAUUGCCAGGAUGGCAAUGGACAACCUCAGCAAUAGGAAAUACACUCAAGAGUUCGAGGAUAUAAAAGACCAAAUUUACUUCAUGCAAACAGAAACGCCAGUUUAUGACACAAACAAGAAGGCUCGUAUUGCCGCCAGUGAGGUCCAAUACAAGAAGGAAUACGAGAAGACAAAAGCACAGUGUGACUACAACACGCUUCCCGCCACUGAGAAUCCUCUCCUCCGUCAGCUCAGAUAUGCCGGCACAAUCCUCAGUGAUAAAGUAUAUAAGGCCAACUAUGAGAAAUCCAGGGGUUUCAGCAUCAACUACUGCGACACGCCAAAGUUUCAGAUGGACUCCGUACUUAAACGCUUCACCGAUAUAACUUACAAAGAUAAGUACAACAGUGAGGUGAAGGGCCACUACAUUGGCAGCUACGAAGAUGUCUACAUGCUUCACUGCCAGAAAGUCGAGGAAAUGAAGAAUGAGCAACUGUAUAAAGCUGAUUAUGAAGACAUGAAAACAAGAUGCUUCUUCCCUCAAACCCUUACACCUGAAUAUGAAGCUACGAAGAAGCUUCAACAGUGCAACGAUAAAGUGUACCGCCAACAUCCAGACAAAGUCAAAUUUACCCAAGUUGUGGAUUCACCUGUUCUGGUUCAAGCCGCCAUUAACGCUAAACAGCUAAGUGAUUUGAACUAUAAGGAGCAGUAUGAGCAGACAAAGAUCAAGUCUCAUCUGCCCCCAGACUACCCCUUCUUCAUCCAGUCCAGAGUUAACGCCUUUAACCUCAGUGAUAGCUGUUACAAGUACGAUUGGGAGAAAUCUAAAGCAAAGAAGUUUGAGAUCAAGGGUGACGCCAUCUCGAUCCUUGCUGCCCGUGCUCACACAAACAUUGCCAGUGACGUUAAAUAUAAAAAGCAGUAUGAAAAGAACAAGGGACAGAUGGUCGGAGCCCUCAGCAUUAAUGACGAUCCAAAGAUCCUGCACUCUGUUCAUGUGGCCAAAAUCCAGAGUGAUCGUGAAUACAAAAAGGAUUAUGAAAAGAUAAAGACAAAGUACCAUACCCCACUGGAUAUGAUGUCAGUCACUUUGGCCAAAAAGUCCCAGGCCAUUGCCAGCAUGCAUGGAUAUCGGCGCAUCAACCCCAACUACUUCCUUCCCUACGACAGUGUGCUGUUGGACCUGGCUAAGAAAGCCAACACAAUCCAAAGUGAUAAUGAGUACAAGUCUGAAUACAACGCCUAUACUAAAGGUAGCCCCUGGGUCCCCUAUGGCUCCUUGGAGGUGGAAAAGGCUAAAAAAGCUGCAGAGAUCCUCAGUGAGAGAAAAUACAGACAACACCCAGAUACAAUCCCCUUCACAUCUAUUGAUGAUCACCCGAUCAUGAUGCAGGCCAGGGUCAACCAGCUUCAGAGGAGUGAUUUGUUCUACAAGAAAGGUCUAGAGGAAAUUCAUCAGAAGUACUCACUACCACCUGAUACCCCUGAGCUCCUCCAGGCCAGGUGUAAUGCCUACAACAUUAGCAAGAACUACUACAAACUUGACUGGCUGGAUACGAUUGCCAAAGGUUAUGACCUGAAGCCAGAUGCCAUCCCUGUUGUUGCUGCCAAAGCUGCCAGACAUGCUGCAAGUAAUGUACAGUAUAAGAAGGCCUAUGAGAAGGCCAGAGGUCACCACGUUGGCUUCCGCAGCCUCCAGGACGACCCUCUGCUGGUUCACUACAUGGAAGUAGCGAAAAUGCAGAGUGACAAGAACUACAAGAAGGACUACCACAAGGCCAAGCUGAAGUACCACACCCCUGUGGACAUGAUAAGUGUGGCCCACGCAAAGCACGCUUCAUCAGUGCAGACCUAUGCUGGCUACAAGCAGCACCAUCAUACUUAUUGCCUUCUUCCUGACGCUAUGAGUCUGGAACUUGCUCGCACCAGGAACUACAAUUCCAGUGAUUACAAUUAUAAACUGGAGUAUGAGACCUCGGUUAAGGGUAUUGGAUGGGUUCCUAUUGGGUCCCUGGAUGUGGAAAAAGCCAAGGCAGCAGCAGCAGCUCUGAAUGAGAGAAAGUAUCGCCAGCACCCAGACAAGCUGAAGUUCACCAGUCCUACUGACUCCAUGAACAUGGAACUGGCCAAGGCCAAUGCCAAGAUCAUGGAUGCCAAAGCAUAUAAGGCCAGCGGAGAGAAGUUCAUGCACACCUACCAUCUCCCUCCUGAUACCCCAGAACUGAUGCAAGCACGAUACAAUGCUGUCAAUAUCAGUCAGAACUACUACAAAUACGCACAUCGUCAAGAUCUUCUCAAAGGACAUCAUGUGAAGGAAGAUGCUAUUUCUGUUGUUGCAGCAAAAUCUUCCAGAGAUAUUGCCAGCAAUUACAAGUAUAAGUUGGCUUUUGAGAAAGCUAAGGGCCACCACGUUGGCUUCCGCAGCCUCCAGGACGACCCCCUGCUGGUUCACUACAUGGAAGUAGCUAAAAUGCAGAGUGACAAGAACUACAAGAAGGAAUACCACAAGGCCAAGCUGAAGUACCACACCCCUGUGGACAUGCUGAGUGUGGUCCACGCCAAGCAGGCCUCUGCUGUCCAGACUAUGACUGGUUACAAACAGAUCCCUCACAGCUUCAUGCUUCUGCCUGACAACAUGCACCUGCAUCUGUGCCGCAAUAUGAUGGAGAUUCAGAGUGAUAAUGUCUACAAGUCAGAGUACUCAAACUACUACAAAGGCACAGGGUGGAUCCCUAUCGGUUCUCUGGACGUUGAGAAGGCCAAAGUUGCUAAAGCUGCACUAGAUGAAAGAAGCUACCGCCAGCAUCCCAGCACUCUGAAAUUUACAAGUAAGACUGACGCAAUGAACAUGGUUCUGGCGAUGGCCAACACCAAGCAGCAGAACAACACUGCGUACAAAGCUUCUGGAGAAAAGUUCAUGCACACCUAUCAUCUGCCCUCUGACAGCCCUGAGUUCCUGCAGGCCAAAUUCAAUGCUCAGACCAUUAGUGAGAGUCACUACAAGCACAAGUGGCUAGAAGCUAUUGCCAAGGGAUAUGAUAUGAAGCCAGAUGCUAUUCCAAUCCUACAUGCCAAGCACGGCAGACAUAUUGCCAGCAAUGUGCAAUAUAAGAAAGAAUAUGAGAAGGCCAGAGGUCACCACGUUGGCUUCCGCAGCCUCCAGGACGACCCCCUGCUGGUUCACUACAUGGAGGUUGCCAAGAUACAGAGUGACAGGAACUACAAGAAGGACUACCACAAGGCCAAGCUGAAGUACCACACCCCUGUGGACAUGAUAAGUGUGGUCCAGGCCAAGCAGGCCUCUGCUGUCCAGACUAUGACUGGUUACAAAAAGGUCCCUCACAGCUACCUGCUCCUGCCUGACAACUUGCACCUGCAACGGUGUCGCACCAUGAACACCCAGUCAAGUGAUUGUGACUACAAGUCAGAGUGGAAUACCUACUUUAGAGGUAUUGGAUGGGUCCCUAUUGGCUCUCUAGCGGUUGAGACUGCUAAAGUUGGUGGUCAGAUUCUGAGCGAACACAAGUACCGCACUCAUCCGUCCACCUUCAAGUCCACCAAACUGAUGGACUCUAUGGACGUGGCUCUGGCUACAGCCAACAACCAGAUCAUGAACAAGAAAGCAUACACUGCAGCUUGGGAAAAGGACAAGUUGUCCAUACAUGUCAUGCCCGACUCUCCUGAGAUUGUCCUGGCCAAGGCCAAUGCACUUGUUAUGAGCAAUAAACUUUACAAAGCCGGUGUAGUGGAGAUGGCCAACAAGGGCCACAACCUAAAAGCAGAUGCCAUUUCCAUCGUGGCUGCCAAAUCCGGCACCACUAUUGCUAGUAAUUACAAGUAUAAGUUGGCUUUUGAGAAAGCCAAGGGCCACCACGUUGGCUUCCGCAGCCUCCAGGACGACCCCCUGCUGGUUCACUACAUGGAGGUUGCCAAGAUACAGAGUGACAGGAACUACAAGAAGGAAUACCACAAGGCCAAGCUGAAGUACCACACCCCUGUGGACAUGCUAAGUGUGGUGCAGGCCAAGCAGGCCUCUGCUGUCCAGACUAUGACUGGUUACAAACAGAUCCAGCACAGUUAUGCUCUCCUGCCUGAUGCCAUGAACCUAGUGCUGGCUCGCACAAUGAACAUCCAGGCUAGUGAUUGUGACUACAAGUCAGAGUGGAAUACCUACUUCAGAGGUAUUGGAUGGGUCCCUAUUGGCUCUCUAGCGGUUGAGACUGCUAAAGUUGGCGGUCAGAUUCUGAGCGAACACAAGUACCGCACUCAUCCGUCAACCUUUAAAUCCACCAAACUAAUGGACUCUAUGGACGUGGCUCUGGCUACAGCCAACAACCAGAUCAUGAACAAGAAAGCAUACACUGCAGCUUGGGAAAAAGACAAGGUCAAGAUCCACAUCAUGCCAGACUCCCCAGAGAUCGUCCUGGCAAAGGCCAAUGCCCUCAAUAUGAGCAAAAAACUUUACAAAGCCGGUGUAGUGGAGAUGGCCAACAAGGGCUACAACCUUAAAGCAGAUGCCAUUUCCAUCUUGGCUGCCAAAUCGGGUACCGUUAUUGCAAGUAAUUUCAAGUACAAGUUGGCUUACGAGAAGGCCAGAGGUCACCACGUUGGCUUCCGCAGCCUCCAGGACGACCCCCUGCUGGUUCACUACAUGGAGGUAGCCAAGAUACAGAGUGACAGGAACUACAAGAAGGACUACCACAAGGCCAAGCUGAAGUACCACUCCCCUGUGGACAUGAUAAGUGUGGUCCAGGCCAAGCAGGCCUCUGCUGUCCAGACUAUGACUGGUUACAAGCAGCUUGUCUCCCACUAUACCGUGCUGCCGGAUGCCAUGAACCUGCAGCUGGCUCGUAACAUGCAGUUCAUUGCCAGUGAUAAUAUCUACAAGAGUGAAUAUGAAACCUUCAUGAAAGGGAUAGGAUGGGUUCCUAUUGGAUCACUGGAUGUUGAGAAAGCAAAGACAGCUGGUAAGAUCCUAAGUGAGAAAGGAUAUCGUCAACAUCCUAGCAACUUUAAAUUCACCAAGGAGAUGCAGUCCAUGGAUCUGGCACUGGCCACUGCAAACAACCAGAUCAUGGAUAAGCAAUCUUACAUCAAAACAUGGGAGAAAGACAAAACUUCAAUCCACAUCAUGCCUGAUGCGAUGGACGUUGUCCUGGCCAGAGCAAACAGAAAAAACUACAGUGAGAAACUGUAUAAAUUGGACAAUGAGCUGUCUAAGAAGAAGGGACACAAUCUUCGUGCUGAUGCCAUUGCAGUUCAGGCUGCCAAAGCUAGUACUGCUAUUGCUAGUGAUUACAAGUACAAGACAGGAUACCGUAAGCAGGUCGGCCAUCAUAUCGGUGCUCGCAGCAUCCAGGACGACCCUCUGCUCAUGCUGGCUCUGAACUCAGCCAAGAUCGCCAGUGAUGCUCUGUACAAGAAGGACUUCAACAAAUCCAAGACCAAGUUCCACCUGCCAGUGGACAUGUUGAACCUUGAACUGGCCAAGAAAUGUCAGAUCCAGGUCAAUGACUUCAACUACAGAACUCACCUGCACAACUGGACCUGUUUGCCAGACUCCAACGAUGUGGUCCAGGCCAGACACGCUUAUGAUCUCCAGAGUGAUGCUGUUUACAAGGAGGAUCAGAAGCUGAUGCAGGGUAUUGGAUGGGUUCCUAUAGGUUCACUGGAUGUUGAGAAGGUGAAGAAAGCAGGUGAGGUUCUGAGUGAGAGAAAGUAUCGCCAGCACCCAAGCAACUACAAAUUCAAGCUCACUACUGAGGACAUGCCCAUGGUGUUGGCUAAGGCCAACGCUGACGUUAUGAACAAGGCUGCUUACACCAAAGCCUGGGAUAAGGACAAGACUACCAUUCACAUCAUGCCUGACGCUAUGGAUGUUCUCUUGGCCAAAGCAAACAAAGUCAACUACAGUGUGAAAUUGUACAAACAGGCAAAUGAGGAGGCCAAGAAGAAGGGCUAUGAUCUGCGCAAUGAUGCCAUUUCCAUUAUCGCUGCCAGAGCUUCUAGGGACAUUGCCAGUGAUUAUAAGUACAAGACAGGAUACCGUAAGCAGGUCGGCCAUCAUAUCGGUGCUCGCAGCAUCCAGGACGACCCUCUGCUCAUGCUGGCUCUGAACUCAGCCAAGAUCGCCAGUGAUGCUCUGUACAAGAAGGACUUCAACAAGUCCAAGACCAAGUUCCACCUGCCAGUGGACAUGUUGAACCUUGAACUGGCCAAGAAAUGUCAGAACCAGGUCAAUGACUUCAACUACAGAACUCACCUGCACCAGUGGACCUGUCUGCCAGACUCCAACGAUGUGGUCCAGGCCAGACACGCUUAUGAUCUCCAGAGUGAUGCUGUUUACAAGGAGGAUCAGAAGCUGAUGCAGGGUAUUGGAUGGGUUCCCAUAGGUUCACUGGAUGUUGAGAAGGUGAAGAAAGCUGGUGAGGUUCUGAGUGAGAGAAAGUAUCGCCAGCACCCAAGCAACUACAAAUUCAAGCUCACUACUGAGGACAUGCCUGUUGUAUUGGCCAAGGCCAAUGCUCAGACUAUGAACAAGAAAGCUUAUAUUGAAGCUUGGGAAAAUGAGAAGUCAAAGAUCCACAUCAUGCCCGAUGCUAUGGACGUCCUUCUAGCCAAAGCAAACAGUUUUAACUUCAGUUUGAAAAAGUACAAACAGGCAAAUGAAGAUGCCAAGAAGAAGGGCUACGAUAUGCGCAAUGAUGCUGUUUCCAUCAUUGCUGCCAGAGCUUCCAGAGACAUUGCCAGUGAUUACAAGUACAAGACAGGAUACCGUAAGCAGGUGGGCCACCAUAUUGGUGCCCGAUGUGUUCAGGACGACCCCCUCAUGGUGCUGGCUCUGAACUCAGCCAAGAUCGCCAGUGAUGCUCUGUACAAGAAGGACUUCAACAAGUCCAAGACCAAAUUCAACCUGCCAGUGGACAUGUUGAACCUUGAACUGGCCAAGAAGUGUCAGAUCCAGGUAAACGACUUCAACUACAGAACUCACCUGCACAACUGGACCUGUUUGCCAGACUCCAACGAUGUGGUCCAAGCCAGGAAAGCCUACGAUCUCCAGAGUGAUGCUGUUUACAAGGAGGAUCAGAAGCUGAUGCAGGGUAUUGGAUGGGUUCCUAUAGGUUCACUGGAUGUUGAGAAGGUGAAGAAAGCUGGUGAGGUCCUGAGUGAGAGAAAGUAUCGCCAGCACCCAAGCAACUACAAAUUCAAGCUCACUACUGAGGACAUGCCUGUUGUAUUGGCCAAGGCCAAUGCUCAGACUAUGAACAAGAAAGCUUAUAUUGAAGCUUGGGAAAAUGAGAAGUCAAAGAUCCACAUCAUGCCUGACGCUAUGGACGUCCUUCUAGCCAAAGCAAACAGUUUUAACUUCAGUUUGAAAAAGUACAAACAGGCAAAUGAAGAUGCCAAGAAGAAGGGCUACGAUAUGCGCAAUGAUGCUGUUUCCAUCAUUGCUGCCAGAGCUUCCAGAGACAUUGCCAGUGAUUAUAAGUACAAGACAGGAUACCGUAAGCAGGUGGGCCACCACAUUGGUGCCCGGUGUGUCCAGGACGACCCCCUGAUCAUGCUGGCUCUGAACUCAGCCAAGAUCGCCAGUGAUGCUCUGUACAAGAAGGACUUCAACAAGUCCAAGACCAAGUUCCACCUGCCAGUGGACAUGUUGAACCUUGAACUGGCCAAGAAGUGUCAGAUUCAGGUCAAUGACUUCAACUACAGAACUCACCUGCACCAGUGGACCUGUCUGCCAGACUCCAGCGAUGUGGUCCAGGCUAGACACGCUUAUGAUCUCCAGAGUGAUGCUGUCUACAAAGCAGACCUGAAAUGGCUCCAGGGUCUUGGCUGGGUCCCCAUUGGUUCACUUGAAGUGGAAAAAGCUAAAAAAGCUGCAGAGAUCCUGAGUGAAAGGAAUUACCGACAGCACCCCAGCUCCAAUAAGUUCACCAGCCCCAUAGAUGCCAUGAACCUCGUACUGGCAAAGAAUAACGCCCUGACUAUGAACAAGCAUCUCUACACUGAAGCAUGGGAUAAUGACAAGACCAAGCUGCACAUUAAACCCGACACACCUGAAAUCUUGCUCUCGCAGCAGAAUGCUUUAAACGUUAGCAGGAAAUAUUACAGGCAAGGCUUUGAGGAAGCCAUUAGAAAGGGCUACUUCCUCCCUGUGGAUUCAGUAUCUGUCAAGGCUGCUAAGUCCUCCAGGGAUAUUAUCAGUGAUUACAAGUACAAGACAGGAUACCGUAAGCAGGUGGGCCACCACAUUGGUGCCCGGUGCGUCCAGGACGACCCCCUGAUUAUGCUGGCUCUGAACUCAGCCAAGAUCGCCAGUGAUGUUCUGUACAAGAAGGACUUCAACAAGUCCAAGACCAAGUUCAACCUGCCAGUGGACAUGUUGAACCUUGAACUGGCCAAAAAGUGUCAGAUCCAGGUCAAUGACUUCAACUACAGAACUCACCUGCACCAGUGGACCUGUCUGCCAGACUCCAACGAUGUGGUCCAGGCCAGAAAAGCCUACAAUCUUCAGAGUGAUGCUGUAUACAAAGUUGACUUGGAUGAGGUUGUCGGCGUAGGAUGGAUCCCCAUCGGUUCAAUAGAUGUGGAGAAGGCCAAGAAUGCUGCAAAGAUUCUUAGUGAGCGUCUUUACAGGCAGAAACCAGAAACAUUCAAGUAUAAAACUGACAUGACUGCCAUGCCAUUGGUUUUGGCCAAAGCAAAUGCUGAUGUAAUCAACAAGCGAAAAUACAUUGAAGCUUGGGAGGCUGAGAAGACCAAGAUCCACAUAAAACCUGAUACACCUGAGCUGGUGCUUUCCAAAGCUAAUGCUCAAAACAUCAGCAGGAAACUCUACAGAGAAGGUGUUGAGGAAAUCUUCAGGAAGGGCUACGACCUAAAGGCUGAUGCUGUUGCUGUUGUUGCUGCCAAACAUGGAAGACGUAUCAUCAGUGACUACCAGUACAAGACAGGAUACCGUAAGCAGGUCGGCCACCAUAUUGGUGCCCGGUGCGUCCAGGACGACCCCCUCAUGGUGUUGGCUCUGAACUCAGCCAAGAUCGCCAGUGAUGCUCUGUACAAGAAGGACUUCAACAAGUCCAAGACCAAGUUCAACCUGCCAGUGGACAUGUUGAACCUUGAACUGGCCAAAAAGUGUCAGAUCCAGGUCAACGACUUCAACUACAGAACUCACCUGCACAACUGGACCUGUUUGCCAGACUCCAAUGAUGUGGUCCAGGCCAGAAAGGCCUAUGACCUGCGGAGUGAUGCUGUGUAUAAGGCUGACAUGGAAUGGAUCAAAGGUGUGGGUUGGGUGCCAAUUGGUUCGCUUGAAGUAGAAAAAGCCAAAAAAGCAGCAGAAAUCCUAAGUGAAAGGAAGUAUCGUCAGCAUCCCAGCAACUUCAAGUUCACUGCCAAUACAACUGACAUGCCUUAUGCUCUUGCUCAGGCCAAUGCCCAAACCAUGAACAAGAAAGCGUACAUUUCUGCGUGGGAGAAGGAUAAGAUCAACCUUCACAUCAUGCCUGACACCCCAGAAAUCGUGUUGGCAAGACAGAAUAAACUCAACACCAGUCUGAAAUAUUAUCGUGAAGGCUUCGUGGACACCAUCAACAAAGGCUAUUUCCUACCCAAAGAUGCAGUCUCUGUUUUAGCAGCCAAAGCCUCCAGAGACAUCGUCAGUGACUACAAAUACAAGGCUGGUUUCCGCAAGCAGUGCGGUCAUCACAUUGGUGCGCUGAGCGUUAAAGACGACCCACUGAUUAUGCUGGCCGCUCAUGCAGGCAAGAUCGGCAGUGACAACCUCUACAAGGCCGAGUUCAACAAGACUAAGACCAAGUACAACCUGCCAGUGGACAUGCUGGCAAUUGACCUGGCCAAGAAAUGCCAGCACCAAGUCAACGACUUCAACUACAGGACUUACUUACACCAAUGGACGUGUCUGCCAGACUCUACUGAUGUGGUGCAGGCUAGAAAGGUGUACGACUUACAGAGUGAUGCCGUAUACAAAGCUGAUCUAGAGUGGCUGAGAGGAUGCGGCUGGUCGCCUCAUGAGUCUGUGGAAGUCGCCAAAGUUAAACACGCCCAGACUAUUCUCAACGACCGACUCUACCGCCAGCAUCCAAGCACUGUCAAGUUCACCAGCGUGGUCGACCUGCCAGCUAUUGUGUUGUCCAAGCAAAACGCUGACAACAUUAGUGAUAGAAAGUACAGGGAAGUCUGGGAUAAAGACAAGCUUACCAUUCACUUGCCACCUGACACCCCCACCUUCGAACUCUCCAAGGCCAAUUCUGUCAACAUCAGUAAUAAACUGUACACAAAGACAUGGGAUGACCAGAAGGCCAGAGGCUACCAUGUUAAGGAGGAUGCCAUCUCUGUGCUGAAGGCUAAAGCUUCCAGGGACAUCAUUAGCGAUUACAAGUACAAGACAGGAUACCGUAAGCAGGUCGGCCACCAUAUUGGUGCCCGGUGCGUCCAGGACGACCCCCUGAUCAUGCUGGCUCUGAACUCAGCCAAGAUCGCUAGUGAUGCUCUGUACAAGAAGGACUUCAACAAGUCCAAGACCAAGUUCAACCUGCCAGUGGACAUGUUGAACCUUGAACUGGCCAAGAAAUGUCAGAUCCAGGUCAAUGACUUCAACUACAGAACUCACCUGCACCAGUGGACCUGUCUGCCAGACUCCAACGAUGUGGUCCAGGCCAGGAAAGCCUAUGAUCUCCAGAGUGAUGCUGUGUACAAAGCUGAUAUGGAAUGGAUACGCGGAUGUGGAUGGAUGCCACAUGAAUGUGUGGAUGUUAUGAAGGUUAGGCACGCUCAGAAGAUCCUGGCAGAUAGAGGCUACCGUAUCAAGCUGGAUAAGCAGACAUUCACAGUUCCAAGUGAUAGAAUGGACUUGGUCCGUGCCAAGAAUGCAGCUGGCGUCCUCAAUGAGGCCAAAUAUCGUGAGGCCUGGCACAAGGACAAGAUCAAGUACCAUCUGGUGGAUACUCCUACUCUGGCCACAGCCAGGGAGGUAGCUAAGAAUGUUCACCCGCAUCUGUACACCAAAGCCUGGGACCAGGUCAAAGCCACGGGCUACUACAUGCCAGGGGACGCAGUCCCAAUCAAGCAGUGCAUUUCUACAACUAAAGUGCAGAGUAAACACACUUACCUUGAGGGAUACCGUAAGCAGGUGGGCCACCACAUUGGUGCCCGGUGCGUCCAGGACGACCCUCUGAUCAUGCUGGCUAUGAACUCAGCCAAGAUCGCCAGUGAUGCUCUGUACAAGAAGGACUUCAACAAGUCCAAGACCAAGUUCAACCUGCCAGUGGACAUGUUGAACCUUGAACUGGCCAAGAAAUGUCAGAUCCAGGUCAAUGACUUCAACUACAGAACUCGUCUGCACCAGUGGACCUGUCUGCCAGACUCCAACGAUGUGGUCCAGGCCAGAAAGAUCUACGAUCUCCAGAGUGAUAAUGUGUAUAAGGCUGAUCUUGAAUGGAUUCGUGGUUGCGGCUGGAUGCCCGCUGAAUCAGUUGACCACGUCAAGGUCAGGAAGGCCCAGGAGAUACUCAAUGAAAGACUGUACAAGAAGGGUGCUAUAGAAGGCUUUGGAAAAUACAGCCUGAUUGUGGAUCGCCCUGAGAUCGUCUUGGCAAAGAUCAAUGCUGCCAACCUCAGUGAUCUGAAGUACAAAGAGUCCUUCAAUGCAGAGAAAGGUCAUUACAUUGGGUCCAAUGACACGCCUCAGCUGGCUCAUAGCAGGGAGAUGGGCAAGGCCAUCAGCGAGAAACUCUACAAACAGAAAUGGGACGAGACAAAGGCUACAAGCUACCAGCUGAAUCAUGAAUACAUCCCACUCGUCAGCGGUAAAAAGGGCAGGGAGAUCGCAAGUGAUGUCAAGUACAAAGUUUCCCAUGAGAAGGCCAAGGGUCAUUACAUGGCUGGGACCCUGGUGGACUUCCCUGAGGUGAUGCGCUGUGGCGAGCAGGAGAAGAACAAGGGUCUGAGGCUCUACCACAAGGACUAUAACCACACCAAGACCAAGAACCACAUCCCGUCUGACAUCAUUGCCAACCAGGUAGCCAAGCGAUGCCAGGACAUGCUGAGCGACGUUCUCUACCGCACCUACCUGCACCAGUGGACGUGCCAUCCUGAGCAGGAGGAUGCCAUCCGUGCCCGCAAGACCAACGAGAUUCUCAGUGAUGUGUUCUACAAGGAUGAUCUCAACUGGAUGAAGGGUCUUGGUUGCUAUGUCUGGGACACGCCAGAGAUUGUUCGUGCCAAGAAGUCCUACGAGCUUCAGAGUGAUCUUAAAUACAGAAAGGAUGCGAAGAAAGAAUUCAACAACUACUCCAUUGUGACAGACACUCCAGUGUAUGUGACCGCUGUUCUGGGUCACACCUGGGCCAGUGAUCUGAACUAUAGGGAGGCUUAUCAAAAAGAGAAGCACAUGUACACCACGGUUCUGGAUACCCCUGAGUAUGCCAGAUGCCACACCUUCAAAGACAUCAUCAGCCAGAAACACUACACAUCUACCUGGGACAAAAUUAAAGCCACGGGUUACAAGAUUUCACAUGACUCACACGCUUUGCAACACGCCAAGAGCCAAAAGAUCAUUCUCAGCAGUGUGAAGUACAAGGAGGAUUACGAGAAGUUCAAAUCCCUCUACAGUCUGCCCAAGUGCCUCGAGGACGAUCCUGGGACCGCUCGCUGUGUCAAAGCCGGAAAGCUGGUUCUGGACCGUCUAUACAAAGAGAACUAUGAGAAGACGAAGGCCAAGAACCAUAUCCCACCAGACAUGCUGGAGAUCCUGUCUGCACGCAACACCCAGACCACAGUCAGUGAAAUCAACUACCGCAAGCAUCUGCACCAGUGGAUCUGCAUGCCAGACAUGCAGGUGUACGUCCAAGCUCGCAAAGUCAACGAGCAGCUCAGUGAUAUUUUCUACAAGGAUGAUCUGAACUAUCUGAAGGGCAUCGGCUGCUACGCCUGGGACACGCCAGAGAUCCUCCGUGUCAAACACGCUGGUAACCUUCAGAGUGAGAGCAAGUACAGAGCCAAAGGCAUCGAGGCUUUCAAGAACUAUUCAGUGGUGACAGAGACUCCUGUGUAUGAGACAGCCAAACAGAACGCUGUGAACUUGAGUGAUCUGCACUACCGCUACGAUUACAAUGCCAACGUGAAGGGUACCAACACUGCUCCUGCUGUUACUGUUGAAACAGAAAGGGCACGUCUGGCCAACCACAUCCAGAGUGAUAACUGGUACAAGGAAGCAAGCAAGAAAACCAUGUCAACUGGUUACUCUCUGCCUCACGACACCCCGCUCAUCAAGCAGGCUAAGCUGAACAGCCUUGUCACCAGCAAUGUGAAGUACAAGGAGGCCUUCGAGAUGACGAAGGCCAAAGCAUACACUCUUCAUCCAGAGGGUGUCAACUUUGUCAGUUCAAGGAAAGCGAACAAAAUCAUCAACGAGCGUCUGUAUCGUGAGGACUACCACAAGCACAAGGACAAGAUCCACACAACCUACGACACUCCUGAUAUCAAACAAGUCAAGAUGAACCAGACGCAUCUGAGUGAUUUGUGCUACAAGGAGAAGUAUUACAACAGCAGAGGUCAGCUGAUCUCUCUGCCCAUUACACCUGAGCUGAUGCACUGCUACAACGUCAACCAGAUCUGCAGUGAGCUCAAAUACAAGGAGGAUCUGGUGUGGCUGAGAGGCCUCGGCUGUUUCCUGUACGACACUCCAGAAAUGGUCCACGUUCGCAACAUCACCAAAUUAAGGGUGAACUAUCCAGUGGACGCCAAGAAGAACCUUGCCAACUUCUCCGUGGUCUUGGACACACCAGAGUAUAAGCGUGUGACUGAGCUGAAGACCCACAUGAGCAACCUCAUCUACAAAGCCCACAGCAAGCAGGAGAUGUCUAAGGUCACCACCACUGCGGACGCCGUGGACAUCCAGCGAGCCAAAUGGGCCCAGCAGCUGACUAACAAGUACAAGUACACAGACCUGGCUGCUAAGGAGAGAGCUCAUUUCACUCAAGAGAUUGAAACUCCAAACAUGGGCCACGCCAGGAGAAUGAAAGUGGUCUACAGUGAUAACAAGUACAAAGAACAAUAUGAGAAGAUGAAGUUCAGGUACACUGCCAUUGCUGAUACACCUCUGCUGAUCCGAGCAAAGAAAUCCUACCUCCAGUCCAGCGACCUGCGCUACAAAGAGACAUUUGAGCUUUCCAAGGGCCACUACCGCACCGUGAAGGACGCUCUGGACAUCAUCUACCACCGCAGAGUCACUGAUGACAUCAGCGAGGUAAAAUAUAGGGAGAAGUACAUUAAUUCUCUGGGUACCUGGAAGUCCAUCCCUGACCGUCCCGAGUUCUUCUUCAACAAAAUUGUUAACGAAAAUGUCAGCAAUGUUAAGUACAAAGAGGACCUGGAGUGGAUAAAGGGUAUCGGCUGCUAUGCGUGGGACACACCUGAGCUGCUGCUGGCUGAGAGCAACAAGCAGCUGUACAGUGAGAGAUUGUACAAAGCUUCCUUCGAAAAGAACAGAGGCAACUUCAAGUACACCUGCGACACGCCGUUCUUCCAGGCAGCCAAGGUCGCAUCCACUCUCAUCAACGACGUACGGUAUAAAUCCAAAGCAAAGAGUCUGCUAAGGAGUGGCUGCAACGUGCUGCUCCGCCCUGACAUUCUCACAGCCCUUUACCAGUCCACUAUAGGCAGUAAGUGGAGAUACAGGGAGCAGUAUGAACGUGGCAAGGACAAGUUCACGUCUGUCCUGGAGACUCCAGAGUACGAGACCCACAAACGCAGCAAGAACAUCACUGAUAUCAUUUACAAGAUGGAGCACAACAAGACUAAGGCGAAGGCAUACACUCUGCCCUAUGACACCCCACACCAGCAGCACAUGAAGAAGGUCAAGGACAUCACCAGCAAUCUGAAGUACAAAGAGGUUUACGAGAAGAGCAAGGCUCAGAUCAACAUGGACCCUGAGGCUCAUGAGAUUCGUGCCGCAAAGGAGGCCUACAAGAACAUUAGCAAUCUUGACUACAAGAAAAAGUAUGAAGCCACGAAGAAUAAAUGGAUGUGGACAACAGACAGACCCGAUUUCAUCAACGCUGCAAAGAACACACUGCAACAGAGUGAUGUUGAGUACAAAUACGACAAAGAGAUGAUGAAGGGCUGCGUGAUACCUGUGGUUGAUGACAAGUUGAUCAUCCUCUGCAAGGAAAACUCUGAAUUGGCCAGUAAUGUGAAAUACAAAGAGAAGUAUGAAAAGACAAAGGGCCAAUAUGUGCCUGUUCUGGACACGCCUCAAAUCCUCCACGCCAAGGCAGUGCGAACUCUGACAUCAGAGAGCAAAUACAAGGAGGCCAGCAAGAAGGAGAUGCAGUCAGGCUCGUUCACCACCCUGCGAGAGACGCGUGACACUGCCCACAGCAAGGAGAUCAACAAGCUCGUCAGCGGGAAAUUGUAUAAAGCACAGUUUGAGAAGGAGAAGGGCAAGUCGGUGUAUAACAACAUGGUUGUUCCUCCUGACGUUCAGCAUGCUAUGGACGUGGCCAAGACUCAGAGCAGUGUUGCUUACAAGAAGGAUGCUAAAGCCAACUUGGCGUACACUACUGUUGUCGACCGUCCGGACAUAAAGAAGGCCACCCAGGCUGCCAAACUCAUCAGUGAGAUUGGCUAUCGUGAAAAGGCCCGUGAGGAGGCGAGCCGUGGAGGUUCCCUGGCCUACCGCCCAGACAUUGCUCUGGCCACGGAGGUGUCGAAGCUGACCAGCCAGGUGGAGGCCAAGCCCUCCCUCCAUGGAGCAGCUUCAUUUGAUACCCCCCUGAUGCGCCACAUUAAGAAAAUGAGUGCCGUGACUAGUGAUGUGAAGUACAAGGAGAAGUUUGACAAGGAGGUGAAAGGAAAGAAACCACAAUAUGACCUGAAGGAGAGUAAGAUUUACAAGACACUGAAGGACGCCAACGAUCUGGCCAGCGAGGUGAAGUACAAGGGUGACCUGAAGAAGAUCCACAAGCCUGUGACCGACAUGGCCGAGUCUCUGUCCAUGCAGCACAGCCUGAGCACCAGCAAACUGUCGAGCGACUACCGCUACAAGAAGAAAUUUGAGGAGAGUAAGGGUCACUACCAUAUGAUUCCUGACACACCAGAGCAGCUCCAUCUGAAGGAGGCCUCUGAACUUCAGAGCAACGUGAAAUACAAGGAGAAGUAUGAGAAGGAGAAGGGAAAAGCCAUGCUGGACUUUGAGACGCCUGUGUAUGUGACAGCCAAGGAGGCCCAGCACAUGCAGAGCCAGAAAGACUAUAAGAAGGACUUUGAGGAGUACAUGAAGGGCAAAAACCUCUCAGGCUUGGAGGUCACGCCUGCCAUGAUACAUGUCAGACACGCUACCAAAAUAGCCAGCGAGAAAGAGUACAGGAGGGAUCUAGAGGAGGGAGUGAAGGGUAAAGGGCUAACUGUGCUGGAGGAAACUCCGGAGCUUUUAAGAGCAAGGAAUGCCACUCAGAUCCUGUGUGAGAGAGAGUACAAGAAGGCGCUGGAGCAGGAGAUUAAGGGCAAGGGAAUGUUGGCUUUGGCUACAGACACCCCAGACUUUAUGAGGGCCAGAAACGCUACCGACAUCCUCAGUCAGACUAAGUACAAGCAGACGGCUGAGAUGGACAGGGCCAGCUACACGAUGGUCAUCGACACCCCAGACAUCAUCCACGCUCAACAGAUGAGGAACAUUGUCAGUCAGAAAAAGUACAAAGAGGAGGCUGAGAAGACCAUGUCCCACUAUGUGCCAGUUCUGGACACUCCAGAGAUGCAGAGGGUUCGUGAGAACCAGAAGAACUUCAGCACCCUUCAGUACCAGAUUGACCUAAAAAACAUAAAGGGCAAAGUGUCUACUGUAAAGGACACUCCUGAAAUGCUCCGUGUUAAAGAGAAUACAAAGAAUUUCAGCUUGAUUCACUACAAAGAGGACUUGGGAGGAGGAACAGCUUUGCCUGAGACUCCUGAGAUGGAGCGAGUUAGACGCAACCAGCGCAACGUUAGCACGGUCCAAUACAAGGACUCUCUGGGUCGAGGCACAACCAUACCUGACCUCCCUGAGGUGAAGCGGGUCCGAGAAACCCAGAAGAAUAUCAGCUCGGUCCAGUACAAGGACUCUCUGGGUCGAGGCACAACCAUACCUGACCUCCCUGAGGUGAAGCGGGUCAGAGAAACCCAGAAGAAUAUCAGCUCGGUUCAGUACAAGGACUCUCUGGGUCGAGGCACAACCAUUCCUGACCUCCCUGAGGUGAAGCGGGUCCGAGAAACCCAGAAGAAUAUCAGCUCGCUUCAAUACAAAGAGGGAGUGGGACAAGGCACCUCAGUGCCAGAGACCCCCGAGAUGGAGCGAGUCAAGCGCAACCAGCAAAAUAUUAGCACGAUCAAAUACAAGGACUGUCCGGGUCGAAGCACCGCGAUACCGGACCUCCCGGAGGUGAAGCGGGUCAAACAAACCCAGAAGCACAUCAGCUCGGUGCUUUAUAAAGACAGCUCAGCCAAAGGAACUCCUGUGGUGUUCACUCCAGAGAUGGAGCGAGUCAAAAGGAACCAAGAAAACAUUAGCUCGGUGCUGUACUCGGACAGCUUCCGGAAGCAGGUCCAGGGCAAGGCCGCCUUCGUGCUGGACACCCCCGAGAUGAGGCGCGUCCGGGAGACCCAGCGCAUCAUCUCUGGAGUGAGAUACCACGAGGACUUUGAGAAGAGCAAGGGCAGCUUCACUCCCACCACCUCCGACCCUGUGACGGAGCGCGUGAAGAAGAUCACGCAGGACUACAGCGACAUCAGCUACCGCGGCAUCCAGAGGCGCGUGGUGGAGAUGGAGAGGAGGCGCGCCAUCGAGCACGACCAGGAGACCAUCACCGAUCUGCGCGUGUGGCGCACAAACCCCGGCUCCGUGUUCGACUACGACCCUGCGGAGGACAACAUCCAGUCCAGGAGCCUCCACAUGAUGUCUGUCCAAGCUCAGCGCCGCAGCAAGGAGCACUCCCGCUCCACCAGCGCUCUGAGCGGCAUGGCCGACGAGAAGUCUGAGGUGUCCCAGGACGCUGAGCACCACCUGUCCCUCUACAGCAACGGCUUCGUGGCCUCCUCUGCGGCCUACCAGCAAACCAAGACGGUGGAGGUGCAGCAGAGGUCCUCGUCAGUGGCCACCCAGCAGACCACAGUGUCCUCCAUCCCCUCACACCCCUCCACCACCGGCAAAACGGUGCGCGCCCUGUACGACUACACGGCGGCCGACAGCGACGAGGUGUCCUUCAAGGACGGCGACGUCAUCGUCAACGUGCAGUCCAUCGACGAGGGCUGGAUGUACGGCACCGUGCAGCGCAGCGGCAAGACCGGCAUGCUGCCGGCCAACUACGUGGAGGCCAUUUGAAGACGAGGCCGCCCACGGCCCCCCGGGGCGGGCGGGGCGCAUCCACAGGGUCAACCGACGGGGCCCCCUGUGGUCACGGCCGUGGCUCAGUGCAACGUGUAGCGUCUAGACACCCGUAGCUCUGUAACUGUAUCUGAAUUGUGAUUCUUGUUAAGUGUUUUCGUUCAUAUGCUGCUGCCCUGUUCCCUGUGGAUGUGACGUGACGCAAAGAUUUCUGAUUAGACGUCCUACUAUGAAUGACACACCGGUUUAGCUCUCAUACGCCCUGGCCCCAUGUCGUGUACAUUUCAAAAAGAUUUCGUAUGUAUUAAAAGAAUUUAGUCCAAGCGAAACCAAGAGAAUAUUGUCCCGUUAUGAUUAAAACUCUUUGAGCCGAUUCUUAUAAGUUUAAUGGAAAGUUCAUGGGGAGACACAGGAAAUGAUUGAGUUACCAUCCAGCUCCUCCAUGAUUCAACCACUGCUGUGUCGUGAGACGAGCCUCAGCCUUCCCUCCUCGACACUGAAGGCUGGCCAUUAGUAGAACGUGUGUUUUGUUUCUUCCGGUUACUUAGGUUUGGGCUCAGGCAUGUCCUCUACCUUUAAUCAGUAGCUAAUAAAGCACACAAGCUCCUGCA